AUGGGUUCUGGGUGGCCGCUUCUUACCUGCUCUUCCUUGUGCCGUCGUGCUUCUCAGGUGGUGGGUGGGCCCACAGCUCGUCCCGAUGGAAUAGCCCGCCCUGCUGGGCACAAGGGCACCGUUGCUCAGCCCCACACCUCGGUGCCCGAUUCUCACGCGGUGGGUGCCAGCUGUUUGCCCACCUUGUACAAGCUCUGCCCUGGCCCUGACGGCCCAGGGAGGGGCGUGGCCCAGGCCGGUGGGGGAGGGACGUGUGCGUGGUGUCCCCGCCCCGGGAGUGGAAUUCCUGCUGGAGGAGUUAGGCUGGCCUGCCCACAGCGCCGCCGCCUAGAUUACAGCUGGCUGACACAGGGAUCGCUGCGGCUGGGCCUGGCAGACCCUCUUGGGGACGGGACGGCACGCUGGGCCCAGGAGCUGCCCGGAGCUGGCACGGCUAUUGGGGCCCGAGUGAAGUUUACUCUGAGUAGGGCCUGGAGCCAGGAGGAGGUGACAGUUGCUGCCAGUCCGCCUUUGGCCUCCCGGGGCCCUGAGCGCCUGGACCCACUGCGCCAAGCGCUGGUAGAUGAUGGGUCGGACAGCGGGGCCCUUGGGAGCCCCCAGGGUCCCAGGACUCCGGACAGUGAAGCCCUGCUGGGGGCCGCCGCCACGGCCCGCCCCUGGGCCGGGCCCACAGAGGACGCGGAGGAGGAGCAGGAGGGGGAGGAGUGCCCCGUCUGCACAGAGCCCUACGGGCCCGGGGAGCACCGCCUCGCCCUGCUGAACUGCGGCCACGGCCUGUGUGCGGGCUGCCUGCUCCGGCUGCUGGGUGCGGCCCCCAGCGCUGACCUGGGCCGGGUGUGCUGCCCUCUGUGUCGCCAGAAAACACCCAUGCUCGAGUGGGCGAUCUGCCGGCUGCAGGAGGAGCUGCUACAGGCCGAUGGGCCCCAGCGCCCUGCACCCGCUGCCCUCCCCGUGCCCCCCCGCCGGGGCUCCGGGCCCUGGGCCUCCCUAGAGCACCGCUACCAGCUGCGCUUCCUGCCGGGGCCUGUGGGCAGCCGAGGCUGCCUGCCCUUCCUGCCCUGCCCGCCCUGCCUGGGCUCCCGGCUCUGGGCCCUGCGGGAACGGGGGCCCUGCGCCCGCCGCCUGGCGCUGCUGGGCCUGCUGGCCCUCGAGUUGCUGGGCCUGCUGCUCAUCUUCGCGCCGCUCAUGCUGCUGGGGCUGCUCUUCGUGCUGCUGGACAGCUCCCGCCGCUAAGCAGAGCCCGUCACGUCUGCCACCAGCACGGCCCGGGUCUGGGACAGCCAUGGCCGCCAGCGGACAGGAGGCCCAGGCUGGCCCAAGCCUUGGUGCCAUGGGGCCUUGGGAGCACCUUGCCCUGAGGCCCGAUGACCAGGCUGAAGAAGGACCCAAGGCUGACCGGGGCACUAGCCUUCAACCAAGACCCAGGACCCGGGCAGGGCCACCCAGGAGCCUGUGUUCAGCAUCUGACCCAGCCAGAGACUCCAGACUGCCCUGCUGCCCGGACAUGAGCCACUGGUGCCCAGGACAGCACUGGAGGAGGUCUGUGACCAGGGCCCUAAGUGCCCCUUGAUGGACAGAGGGCCCCACACUGCUGCUGGGCUGUCUCCACCCUCCCGCCUGGCCUGCCUGCAGGAGGGGGACGGGACGGGUGCAAUGGACACGAAAGUGAACAGAGGCCUGAGUCCUUGGAGUGGGCGGAGCCCUGGGCCGGGGCUGCAGGCCCCCCACCUGCCCACGUUCCAGAUAAGGGCCAGCGUGUGUUCCCUGAAGGUCAGGGUAACCGAGGGGAGGGCCCCUGCCGCACAGGCCCAGCCCACAAAGGGCCUGCUCACCUGGCCAGUCAGGAUCCGAGUGGCGGCCCUGAGCAGCCCGAGGGUCAGCACAUGCCCCUCAGCUUCAAGGGACGUGGGCCCAGCCAGGUCCUGGAGACACAGAGCACCAAGCUGGGCCCCAGUGCUGCCCCUGCCUCCUCUGUGACCUCCCAUCGUGGAGCCGGGGCCUUUAUCUGAAGGACAGGCGCCGUCACAGCACCACCUCCUGGGCUCGUUGGUGACAUGCUGAGCCCUGUGCCCAGCGCGCGAGGUGGCUCUCGGUAAUA